AUGACAACCAUAACGCAUAGAGGACUGGAAAUUAGGACAGAUGAGAUGGAAGUACCAGAGGCAACAGCGCCUCUAGACGUGCUACACAACUAUUACUGGGUUUCUACCAAGGAGCCACAUGCGAUAAGGAGAAAAGCCAUUUUAAAGGCACAUCCCGAAGUCAAAAAAUUAAUGGGACAUGAACCAUUAACCAAAUAUCUUGCUACAAUUGUAGUGUUAACACAACUAGGUAUCGCUUACUAUUUGCGUAGUGGUCACAGUUGGUUGAAGACGGUUUUUUUAGCAUACGUGAUUGGAGCAACUUUGACGAAUAACAUGUAUUUGGCAGUUCAUGAAAUUACGCAUAAUUUAGCAUUCAAAAAGCCAUUGUACAACAAAAUGUUUGCAAUUUUCGUCAAUACCCCGGUGCCGCUUCCCUACGCGGCAGAUUUCGGCCCCUACCACCAACUACACCACAAAUUUCUAGGCGAUGAGCUUUACGAUACAGAUAUACCCACAGAGUUUGAAGCGAAAUUUUUGAAGGGCCGCGUGGGGAAAUUUUUUUUCGUCUUAUUCCAAGCACUAUUCUUUGCCUUAAGACCAAUGUUUGUGGUCGCCAUCUCUUUGACUAACUUCCACAUUGCAAAUAUCACUUAUCAGAUUGUGGUUGACAUCCUUUGGAUUCGUUAUUUCGGAAUUCAGUCAUUCCUUUAUCUUGGAUUCUCCAGUCUUUUAGCAGGUUCGUUUCAUCCAUUGUCUGGUCAUUUCAUUGCCGAACACUUUCUUUUCGACAUUGACGAAGCGUUAAAAGGCGGUAAAGAAACUUUCAAGUAUACAAAUGGUGAAGAACAGCAAUACUCCGAAGCACAGAAGAAUGAGCUAGAAAGUAUAAGACCGGAAGUUGAGUUUAAAAGGGAAUAUGCAUUAGAAACUUACUCUUACUACGGAAUUUUAAACCUCUUUGUAUGGAAUGCAGGUCUUCACAACGAACAUCAUGAUUUCCCAUUUAUCCCAUGGUCAAGACUUUGGGCUUUGCACAAUAUGGCACCAGAAUUUUAUAAACCACUACCAAGACACGAAUCUUGGUGUAAGGCAAUCUUUGAUUUCGUCUUCAGGGCAGAUUUGAAUUUUUACAGCAGAGUUAAAAGAGCAAAUCCUCAAAUAACCAAGGAGAAGGAACUAAAGAAACAGAAGGAAAUGCAAAAAUCGAAGUUUUAG